CGGAAGUUGAAGAAGAAGAAGAAGAAGAAGAAGGAAAACUGAACAUAAUCUGAUCUACUUGUAACCAAGAAAAUGGACACGAGGUUCACUCGAGGGAAAUCCAGCAUCUUGGAGCGGUCCCUGACCCGACCCAAGACUGAGGUCAGCGUGAGUGCCUUUGCCCUGCUGUUCUCAGAGAUGGUCCAGUACUGUCAGAGCCGUGUGUACUCUGUGUCAGAGCUGCAGACACGCCUGGCCGACAUGGGCCAGAGCGUAGGAGCCAGCAUGCUGGAUGUGCUGGUGCUGAGAGAGAAGAACGGGAAGAGGGAGACCAAAGUCCUGAACAUGCUGCUCUUCAUCAAAGUUAACGUGUGGAAGUCUUUAUUUGGGAAGGAGGCUGACAAGCUGGAGCAGGCCAACGAUGACGACAAGACUUAUUACAUCAUAGAAAAGGAGCCGCUUAUCAACGCGUACAUCUCUGUUCCCAAAGAGAACAGCAGCUUGAACUGUGCUGCCUUUACUGCUGGCAUCGUGGAAGCCAUCCUCACACACAGUGGCUUCCCUGCCAAGGUCACUGCCCACUGGCACAAAGGCACUACACUCAUGAUAAAGUUUAAUGAGUCGGUCAUUGCCAGGGACAAGGCUUUGGAUGGCAGAUAAAUAAGACUGGGGAGAGUGGCUGGUUAUGUUAAUCAAUACAGGAUGAUGGUAAAUCAUCCAGGUCCAGGCUUGUGUUUGUUCCUGAAGUGUGGGUGACUGACUGAAUUUCCUUGUGGUAACUGAUGAGAUAGCAACUUCAUGAAUGGAUGAAUGGAUAACUACAACGUACUGAGCCACAUCUAGAGCUGAAAAGGUGCAGCUAACUGGUUCAAUCCCCAGGGUUUUGUGGAUCAUCUCACUUGUGUUGUACCUCAUGAAGGGACACAAACUUGUUUGCCGUAGAUCACUUAAAAUUUGUAGCUUCAUGUCACAUUUUUACAUCACAGAUCAUUCAGAAAAGAUAAAUAUGUUGAAUAAUAAAUUGAUCACAUUGUUUUGUAAUAUUAGAGACUAAACAAUGAAUCAAUUAAUCAAAAAAGAAAACAUAUUACUUGAAAAUGAAAGUAAUUGUUAGUUGCAGCAAAUGCCUGAAAGGGUAGCCAUGAAACUGAGUAACAAAAAAAAAAAAAAAAAAAAAAAAAAACACUGAAUGGUGGCUAAUUAUUUUCCCUGGUGUCUAUGUUAACAAAAAGUACUGUAACAAUCUCUUUACUUAUUUAUUUUACAGAUAGAUGUCCAGACUAAUUUUUUUUUUCUUUAUCUCAUCCCAGUUAAAUCUCCUUAAAAUAGAUUCAGUCAGGGCCAUAGCUACUUGAAGACACUGAGGUCAUGUCCUCACUGUUUGUUUGUUUGUUUGUUUUAAAUUUAUAUUUGUAUCAUUACUGUAAUUGUGUAUGUUUGCAUACAUGUAAAUGUACAUAGGGGAGUUUACAUUCUACAGAUAAAACAUCCUGGUGACCAAGUGGUUAAGGUUCAUUACCAUGUAACUGCAAUAUGUCCAGUUUGAUUCCAGCUAUGGGGUUUUUGUAUCUUACAUCUGUUUCUAUACAGUCAAAAAAAUAAAUAGAAUAGUUUGUCAUUUUAGGGAUUAUGCUUAUUUGUAUUUUCCAAACUGUGGAAAGUAUCAGAUGAGAAGAUGGAUAUCUAUAUCUUGUCUGUAUGGUUAAAAAGAAGAUGCAGCCAGUUAGCUUAGCACAAAGUUUGUAAAUGGGGUCCACAAAAUUCAGCCCCUCUAAAGCUCACUAAGUAAAAUGUUAUAUCUCCUUAUGUAAAAACAACACAUGGUUGUACUAGGGGUUAUGGGCUAGGCUAGUUGUAUCCCCCUGUUUUCACUCUUUGUGCUAAGCUAACUAGCUGCUGGCUGUAGCUACAUAUACAUAUACCUAUCCAUACAAUGUCAUACACAGAUUAAAAAGUGGUAACAAUCUUCUCAUUGUAAAUGUUGGCAAAAGAACAGGUAAGCACAUUUCCCAAAAUGUCAAACUAUUCUUAAAAAAAAAAAAAAAAAAAAA